ACAAACUAAAAAAAACACACAAAGUCAGGAGGAGAGGAGAGAAAAGAAGAAGGAAAGGAGAGAGAGAAAGGAGAAAGAAGAGAAAGAAGAGGAGAAAUAAGAGGAAGAGGAAGAGAAAGAGGAGGAGGAGGAGAGGCCACCUCGCCAUCCGUUGUGCACCGUCUCCGGGCGAUGCCAGUGUAAAUGCCAGGGCAAUGUCCCGUCGCAAGCAGGGAAACCCUCAGCAUCUGUCGCAGAGAGAGAGCAGGACGCCGGACGCUGAGCAUGUGGAUGCGGGAAUGCCCGUGGCCGAACUGCCCCCUCACCCCCACACGCUGCUGGAGCCCAGCAUGGCCAGCUCGCUGCCCCCCGGCCUGGGGGACCACGACUUGCUGACCUGCGGCCAGUGCCAGGAGACGUUCCCCCUGGGGGAGAUCCUGCUCUUCAUCGAGCACAAGAAGAAGCAGUGCCAGAGCCUGACGGGCGUCCACGGCUGCUAUGACAAAACGGUGGACCGCAGCAGCCCCUCUCCGCCGCGGGCCGAGCUGAGGAAGGUGGUGGAACCGGUCGAAAUCGGAAUCCAGGUGACACCCGAGGAGGAAGAUGAGAGACUGUUGACGCCUCCGAAAGGAAUUUGCCCCAAGCAAGAGAGCGGCCUGCCAGGUCGAGAUGAACCUUCAAGCUACACGUGUACAACAUGCAAGCAGCCGUUUCCCAGCGCAUGGUUCCUCCUGCAACACGUCCAGAACACGCACGGGAUCCGUAUCUACCUGGAGUCCAACCUGUCCAAUGUUUCGCUCACCCCGCGGAUCGCCAUCCCUCCUCCAGUUGGUGCUGAAUCCAUACCCCAGUCACCCCUCACCAACUUCCUGGGGGACAACAACCCCUUCCACCUGCUUCGGAUGCCCAUGCUCCGGGAACCCCCUCCUGGCUUCGUGGAAAAUCGCCUACCAAACACGCCCCCCUUCGUCAGCCCGCCUCCCCGGCACCACUUAGACCCCCAUCGCCUGGAACGCCUUAGCGCAGAAGAAAUGGGUUUGAUUUCCCAGCAUCCCAGUGCCUUCGAGAGAGUGAUGCGCCUGACGCCCAUGGGCAUGGAGACCCAGUCCAUGGAUUUCUCCCGCCGCUUGCGAGAAUUGGCGGGGAACACAAAUUCCACCCCUCCGCUCUCACCCAGCCGCGGCAACCCUAUGCACCGCCUGCUCAACCCAAACCCCUUCCAGCCCAACCGCAAGUCACCCUUCCUCAGCACUCCUCCUCUACCGCCGAUGCCCCCGAGCAGCACCACUCCACCUCAGACGCAAGACAAGAGCAAGUCCUGCGAGUUCUGCGGCAAAACCUUCAAGUUCCAGAGCAACCUGAUCGUGCACCGGCGGAGCCACACGGGAGAGAAGCCUUACAAGUGCCAGCUGUGUGACCAUGCCUGCUCGCAGGCCAGCAAACUCAAGCGCCACAUGAAGACCCACAUGCACAAGUCAGGAUCCAUCACGGGGCGUUCCGACGAUGGGCUUUCGGCCACCAGCUCGCCGGAGCCGGGUACCAGCGAUGUUGCCGGAGAGGGCAUGAAAGGUCGAGACGGUGAUUUCCGAGGAGAGGGACUGGGUCCUGACAACGAGGAGGAAGAGGAAGAAGAGGAAGAAGAGGAGCUGGAAAACGAGAGCAGGCCCGAAUCCAACUUCAGCAUGGACUCGGAGCUGAGCCGCAACCGGGAGAACGGUUCCAAACCCCCCGCGGAUGAGAAGGGACUGUCUCUGAGCAAGAUGGUAGAAACCGUGGGGUUGAACUCCAUCCAGCAGUACAAUAACUUGAUCGUCGACAAUCGGAAAAGGCUUCCCUUCAUGAAGAGGAGCUCUGACGGACAGAGGGACACCGGAGACGAGGAUUCGGUAGUCGGGGUGAUGGAUCACCAGAUGGAGCGGCCCACCAUCAACGGCAGGAACUGUGGCUCGGGCGACUCUUUCUCAGGCCUGUUCCCUCGCAAGCCCACGCCCAUCACUAGCCCCAGCUUGUCCAACUCCUCCAACAAGAGGAUCAAAAUUGAGAAGGACUUAGACAUGCCCCCGGCGCCGCUGAUCCCUUCCGAAAACGUCUACUCCCAGUGGCUGGUGGGCUACGCGGCUUCGCGGCACUUCAUCAAAGACCCCUUCUUGGGCUUCACCGACUCCAGACAAUCUCCUUUCGCCACAUCCUCCGAGCAUUCCUCAGAGAACGGCAGCCUGCGGUUCUCCACGCCGCCCGGGGACCUGCUGGACGGGGGACUCUCCGGCCGCAGCGGGACGGCCAGCGGGGGAAGCACCCCCCAUUUAGGUGGGGGUGCGGGGCCGGGCCGACCCAGCUCCAAAGAGAGCCGACGUAGCGACACCUGCGAAUACUGCGGCAAGGUGUUCAAAAACUGCAGCAACCUGACAGUCCACCGGCGAAGCCACACGGGCGAGAGGCCCUACAAGUGCGAGCUGUGCAACUACGCCUGCGCCCAGAGCAGCAAACUCACGCGCCACAUGAAGACGCACGGGCAGCUCGGUAAGGAAGUGUACCGCUGUGACAUUUGCCAAAUGCCCUUUAGCGUCUACAGCACGCUAGAGAAACACAUGAAAAAGUGGCACGGGGAACAUUUGAUGACGAACGAGGUCAAAAUCGAACAAGCCGAGAGAAGCUAAGCCAGAUUUUUUUUUUUGUUUUCCUAUUUUGCCUAACAAUUCCUUGAAUAUUAAAAAAGGGUAGCUGGAUACUCUGUUUUUCCUUUUUCAAAUAAUAAUAAUAAUAAUGAUAAUAAUAAUUUUAGUUAGAUUUUUUUGGUGUUUUUGCCUAAGAAACUGCCAUCUGAGAAAGAGAGAUAGAAAAAAAAAACCAUACAGCAGCAAAGGGAAGUUUUGGAGUAAUUGGAGCGGGUCUAAACUGCCUGAUUUGGCAUUUUUAUUUCAGUCUAUCAGUGGAUGAAUUGAAUUAAAUGAUGUUUUAAAUGGAGCCUUUAACUGUGCAAUAAUUUCUGUAUUUAUUGGAUUUCGUAAAUGAUGUUUUGGCAUGUGCAGGUGCAUUUUAUUUUUUCAUUUUGUAUUAUUUUAUGAUUUCGAAUGCUGGGAAAUUUAUUUUAUUUUUUUACUUUUUUUUACCCAGAGAAAAAAAAAAUACCUGAGAUUUUUUUUUUUUUUUUUCAGAACAGAGUACGAUUUUGAGAAAAUCUAGGCCGCUGCUUAUUGUUUUAUUUGUAUUAUAUUUAAGCUACAUGUAAUUUCUUGAAGAGAAGCCGAAUUCAAUCUUCAGUUGAAUUGGGAAAGCAGAACUGAGAAAGCUAUCAUAUAUUUUUCUUUUUUCUUUUUGUUUUUUCGUUCCUCUCUCUGCUUUUUUUUUUCUUCUUUGUUGUUGUUUAUUAUGAUUAUUAGUCAUGAUAGGAUGUAAGCGGACAACAAUCCUUAGACCUUGUAGUUUCAAACGUGUCAAUCUAAUUGGGGAUGUAGCACUGAAUGUCAGAUGUGACGGUAAACCUGGAGGAUCCUGCUGUUUCUCCCGGCCGUAAAUCAGGCGGGAGAGACGGGAAAAGGAAGAUAAUAAUGAAAUAAUGAUGAUAAAUAAUAAUAAUGAUGAUGAUCACAAAGGCAGCUGCUUUCAGGUACCUAGUACCAACCCAGACAAAGCCAGUCAAACAAUCUUUUGCUUCUGGAUCAUUUUUUAAUAACUCCUUUAGUUCACGCUGAGACUGUUGAUCCUGAAAAGCACUCGCUCUCAUCAGCUGUCGUGCCGACGAGCUUAAUCACGGUGUUCCCUUUGCUUUCACCCCUUUUUCUUUUCCUCUCUUUCUCCGUGCUCGUCGGGUUUACACCGUUUACCACUGCUCCUCCCGGCCACUCUACUCUUUAUCAAUGCCAAGCCGUUCGCUCCAGUAGUUCAGUCCAAUCGGACCUGCUGUGAUUUUUCCACACAGAUCUUAGAUUACGCCCAGAUUACAUCCAGAUUAUGGCACUGAUUCAAACCCUGACUACAUACCUGUUCACUGCAUUACUGCGUUAUUACUGCAUUAUUACUGUGUUAUUAAAGUGUUAUUACUGCAUUACUGCAUUACAAUUACACUGCUGCUACUUUAGUACAGUACAUACUAAAGUAACAACACUUUUAAGUACAGUGGCAACACACAGAUACAUUUCUGAACAUUUCUGAGCUCUUAUUUCUUUUCCCUCAUUUUUUAAAAAUUCAUUUUUUAAUUUUUAUUUUAAUUUUUACCAUUUUAUGUUGCACUUUUUUUUUACCAAGCUCUCGUUUAGCCUAAAUCUCAACACCCCUCCCCCACACACAGACACUCAUAUUAUGUCUAAAUGUCUAUGUAUACUGCAUUACAUAAUUAUUAUUAGUCCUAAACGUACCUAGAUGCAAACACACUCAUGCAAACAUGCAUAUAUGUUAUGUUAUAUCUAGACGAUGAUCUAUUGAUUUACAGUUAUUGACCACUAUACAUGUCUUCUAUUCCAAUGUUUUAUUUUAAAAUCUUGAGUUUGCAUCUGUGCCUCCAACUUAACCAGAUCAGCUUUUAGAGUUUUUACAGUUGUUGUAAUCAUACAUCAAUUAAUGAGGGUGAAUUAUAGGUGAUUGAGAUUGGAAAAAUUAAUAGCCAAACUAAUGUCAAUUUGUGUAAGUUUUAAGACGUUACAUUUCUGUGUUAAAAAAUGAUUGUUUUUUUUAAUAAUGCAUUGUUCCCUUUCCUCAAGAAAAUGACAAUAAACAUCCCAAUCACUUUUAAUUCACCAUACCUGUGAAAAACUAUAUUUAUAUAUUUCUGUGUAUAUGUGGAUGAUGUUGUUGCUUAUCUGGUUAACUUGGUGCAGGCAGUUAUAUAUUAGUUAUAUACAGUAUAUAUAUAUAUAUAUAUAUAUAUAUAUAUAUAUAUAUAUAUAUAUAUAUAUAUAUAUAUAUAAAUAUGCAGAUUAUUUCACACUAGAGAGUAAGUGUCUGUCCUUAAUCUGUUGAGCCCAAACAGUAAGACUUUCUUUCUUUUUUCUUUCUUUCUUUCUUCUCAUUCAGGACUUCCUGUGAUGUGUAGUUGAACGCACUCUAAGAAGUACAGUAGCAACACACAGACGAGUUUCUGAACAUUUCUGAGCUCUUUUUUUUCCUCCCCUACUUUAUUAUUUUUAUUUUUUCAUUUUUAUUUUAAUUUUUUUUUAUUGUUUAUUUUUUUUUUACAUUUUAUGUCUUCACCAAGCACCAACUCCUUUAGGUUUAAAUCACAACCCCACCCCACGCCCCACGUUGAACACACACUUAUAGUACAUUAGGGCCAAGCCAAUGUAGAAGUUUUAAAAUGGUAAAAUUGAGGGAAUUUUUGGUUUGAAGCAAAAAAAAAAAAAAAAAAACAAAGGAAAAAACAUCCUCAGCUCUUCGCAGUUGACCCGCACUUUAUGAUUUGUUUUCCGCGUUCACGAACAAUGGAGAGAACGGCUUCAGAGCAAGAAAUUACGCUGAAAGGAUUUAGUGGGUGAAGGGAGCGUCUGAGAUUCGAGUGCCAGCGUUCGUUGCUAGGCUUGGCUUUCACAGCGCUGGCACUAUAAAAAGUGAAAUUAAUUUAUUUGGACAGUUUUUGUACUGCCAUUCAAUUUGACAUGAGUGUGCCUUGAAUACUGAUCUUCCUAUUUAUUGUCUUGCAAGACAAAUGCAACAUUUCUUUCAUUUUUCUUUUUUAUUUUAUUUUAUUUUCUUCUUUGUCAAGCGAAGAAUUGACUUCAAAAAAAAAAAAGAAAAGGCAAAAAUGUGUCCAUAUAUAGAGUUUUAAACUUUUAAAAAGUUUUAAUCUGCUUCUAAAAUUUGAAAAAAAGAAAAUUCUGAAUAUGUGAAUCAGAGAUUCAUUCAUUUUUUCUUUUUAAAGAAAAUAAAAAAAUAGAUAAUAAAAGUUUUUUUUUUUUUUUUAAAGUUGAAUAAAGGUAAAAGUAAAGUAGCCAGCACAAUACUGAGUCUGUGUCUGUGUGUGUAUAUAUGUAUGCAUAUGUACAUACAAUAUAAUGGCACAACGAACCACACAAACACACAUACACACGUACACACACAAACACACACCAAAACACAUUUUAGACGUUAUAUAUGUAUGAAUUCUUCUUCACUUCAGGAUAAGACUGAUAAGACUGCGUCCCUUUGGUCAAAUUGUAUAGAUUUUUUUUUGGUUUUGUUUUUUCCAGAAGAUUCUUUUUUGCUACAAAUAGUCAAGGAAGAGACUGGACGAAAAAUCAGGAAACUACGGUAAAAAAAAAAAAAAGACUUUAGUGCACUCUGUCUUAAAAAUACGUUUACAGUAUUGAAACAAGUACAAGGGUAAAAAUGAUAUUUGUGUGUAUGUGUGUUUUAAACAAAUGAGAUUUUUUUUUUAAUUUUAUUUGUUUUGCUACUUUUUUUUUUCAAGGUUGCUUCUAAAGUUUCUCUGAAUGCCACAGUGGUUAUGUGUAUAUUGGAAUCUUUUUUUUUUUUUUUUUUUUUUUUUUUCGGUGAUGGGGUUUUAGUAUAUAUAUAUAUAAAUAUAUAAAUAUAAAUAUAUAUAUUACAUUUUUUUCUUGUUUACUGUAAAAGUAUACCAGUAUUUGUAAUAUUGGAGAAUGCCUGGGCAUUUUAGAAAAAAAAAGAAAAAAAAAUGAAUUUUGAAUUUUGAUUUUUUUUUUUUUAUUAUUAUUCUUUUUUUUUUGUUUGUUUUGUUUUUUCAUAUUUGCAGUCCAACUUAAAUUGUGGGUCUCUUAAAAUGGUUUUUGUCACUGUAACUGUAAAAGUCUUGAGUUUUAGUAGCUUUUUUCUGCCUUGGGUGUAAGAAAAUAAAGACAAAUUGACAAUAAAGACAAAGUGAACUGCAAAAAGCUGCAGAGCCCUUCGAGGCUGAGGGACCAGCGUAUACAGAAAAUUAUACCCCCUCUACACCCCCUUUACACCCUCUUUACAUAUUACACACACAUACACACAGAGAGAAAACCUAGCAAACAUUGUUCCAGACAUAUUUUUAUGAUUUUUUUUUUUUAAAGAAAGAGAAAAAUGCCUAUUUCUUGUCAUCUGUAUCUGUUUUUGUUUCAUCUGGAAUGGAUUCUCUGUAAUGGCUGGAUUGAAAUACACGUGUAGACACUUGCUGUCUUGUAUUUUGAACUUGUGUGCGCUCCCGAGUCUCUCGUUAGAGAGCGGACGAUGAGUACCAUUGUGUCAUUUUUGUUCUUUUCGUUUUUUUGUUCCUCUCUAAAAGAAAGGUGCAGAUUAAACCGAAGAGACACGACCGCGAGCUGCCGCCGCCGCAGAUCCGUUUCAAUUUGGCGGGAUUAAAAAACGAAUUUAAAAAACGAAUUAAAUAAAAAAAGAAAUUGCAUUUGUCGAGAUGAAACUUUGUAUAGAAGGGAUUGAAAGGUUGUCCCACAGCCUUUUUACUGUAGCUACAUAUAUGAAAGUAAAUGUUUUGUUCACUAUUAUAUUGGUUGUAAAUAAUUUUUUAAUGCUUACCCAGACCUUGUUUUUUCAUUUUUGUUCCAUUUUAUUUGUGCGUGUUCUGACUGGCACUGGCAGCAAAAACUGUCUUUUUAACCCGUCUGCCUCUUCACCGAUACCCUGCCCCCCUCCCACCCCCCCGAAUUCCCCCAAAGCCCUGUCUGUUUCGAUUCUGAGUGUAAAACCCGGUUCUUUAUGGGGCCUGCGAAGUGCAGCUCUCUUAGCAUGAGAAGAAUAGAGCACAAAUACAAACUGUUUUACUUGUCGAACUCAUUAUUGCUCAUUUGUGUCAUCAUUUUGUUUCCAACGAGUAAAGAAAGCUUCAUUCUCUC